GAUCAGCUCUCAGUGACACUGAGUCAGUGUUUGUUAAGAGAACAGAGGAACAUGGCUUCAUCCUUUCUCAGGGUCUCCCUGCUCUUCAUCAGCCUCUACACAGCAGAUGGAUUUAUGGAAUAUGUUCUGGCCCGUUGUGACUUUAACUCGUCUGAUCUGAAGGACAUCGAGCUCAUCAACUCGUUUUACUACAACAUGGUGGAGUACGCCCGGUUCAGCAGCAGUUUGGGGAAGUAUGUCGGAUACACUGAGUUUGGAGUGAAGAACGCAGAGAACUGGAACAAAGAUCCUUCAAUACUGGCUCAGAUGAACGCUCAGAAGGAGACGUACUGCAAACACAACAUUGAUAUUGACUACCAGAAUGCUCUGACUAAAUCAGCUGAGCCCUAUGUCAGACUGAGCUCUACGGAGCCCUCUGGUGGUAAACAUUCAGCCAUGUUGGUCUGCAGCGUCUACGACUUCUACCCCAAACAGAUCAGAGUCAAGUGGACCAGAGACGGACAGGAAGUCACCUCUGAUGUCACUUCCACUGAUGAGCUGGCAGACGGUGAUUGGUACUACCAGAUCCACUCUUACCUGGAGUACACGCCCAGGUCUGGAGAGACGUUCUCCUGUAUGGUGGAACAUGUCAGCCUGAAAGCUCCUCUGAUUACUGACUGGGAUCCGUCCAUGACUGAGUCUGAGAGGAACAAGAUUGCCAUCGGAGCCUCAGGACUGAUCCUGGGUCUGGUCUUAUCUCUGGCUGGAUUCAUCUACUACAAGAGGAAGGCCCGAGGAAAGAUUCUGGUUCCCAGUAGCUGAUCCUGGACCUGGUUCUGGUCCUGUAGCUGUUUGUCAGAUGGAAUAAAAAGCAGCAGCUGCUUCAACCUGCUUCGUGUGUUUCAGCUCAGCAGACUGUCGGUCCUGGACCAUCUGCUGGACCGACUCAACUCCUGAUUCUCUGAUGAUCUGGACUCUGAUACUCAGCUGGUCUCAACCUGA